UUAACUUCAGCUUCAAAACCAGACUCUCAACCGUCUCAACCAGCUCAGCCUAACGGAUCCAACUAUUAUGGAGCGGAACAGUCACUUCCCUAUCGUACGGCCGCGCAGUCUCCUGAUCCGCGAAACCAGACGCCAACUGGAAGUCGGCCAUUUCAACAGCCACCCCCUUCAGACUCCUAUCAACCUGUGCAUCACCGUCCGCAGUCGACAUACGAGCAUCCACAAGAGCUGGGAACCUCGAUCUAUGAUUCACCUGUCGAACAGCGUCAUUCGUACCAGCCCGGUGCUGCGUUGCAGCAAGGCCCUCCGCACCACCCGCCGCAGCAAAACCAAGAACAUUCGCCGUCAGUGUACUCUCCUGAGGAUAACGCUCCUCAACCACGGCAUCAGUACCCUUCUCAGCAGCAACAACCGCCAUAUCCUACCUCAACAGCCCCGGCACAUCAACCGCCGCCCACGCAACAACCACCCCCGAUUCCAACAAGCAGUCCGCAACCCACUCCAUAUCCGGCGUUGAAUGCAGGUCAACAAGCUGGAGGGGGGUACCAGCCCUACCAGCCACCACAGACGAGCUCUAUUAACUCAAAUCCCGCUUCAUAUUAUCGGUAG